GAGCCUCUGUUUCCAAGCAAGUGUUGAAAUAUGUGACAUGAAAUUCGUUCAUAGAUUAUUGAUUGAAAACCUGUUAUUAUCUUCUGUUGUAAGAAAAGUGUUUUGAAUAUCGUGUUAGGUAAAACAAGUGAAGUUGUUUGGCAACUGUGGCAGGGACGAGUUGCCGGCGGUCGCCACCGUCAGUGUGUACAGAGCCGCGGGAGGGCAGUUGGUGUCAGGACCUGGAGGUUGGUGUACGCAUCAAUAUCGCGCUCCUCCCUCACACUUGCCUCUUUGUAAAUAAACAAAUCGUGGUGACGCAUCAGAAUAAUUCUUCCCGCGUAAACGGUGAAUAAUGUGCUGGUAGAAGCAUUACUGUGCAGUGCAAGUGGUAAUAUGUGAGUAGUUGUUGAGAGCAGUGGUGGAGAUAGUGUGACACAGCAGGAGUGUGGCACAGCGGCUGUGUCAGCCCUCGUACUGUGCACCAGCACCCUCUUCUUGCUGUGCACCACCACCACCCUCACCGUGCUGUGCUACAAGGCCUGGAUACUGUGCCACAGCAGCCUGGGCAGCCCUCACCUCUACACACAGCCUGGUACCAUCGGAGAUGAGAUAGUGAGAGGUGGACGCCAUGGUGCUGAUUAAGGAGUACCGUAUCCCGCUCCCCCUCACCGUCGACGAGUACCGCGUCGCCCAGCUCUACAUGAUCGCUUUGGAAGCACAGUGAAAUAUAUUUGGAUUAUGGAAUAUAUUUAUCCUCUGAAAUUGUGCAAUAUUUGAUGAUUGAGCCAACAAGAUGGUUCAGUGGGUGGAGUACCGCAUCCCACUUCCACUCACUGUUGCUGAGUACAGGAUUGCCCAACUCUACAUGUUAGCGAAAAAAUCACGUCAAGAAAGCCAUGGGGAAGGCAGCGGUGUGGAGAUCCUCGUGAAUGAACCUUACGAGGAUGGGCCGGGACCCGAUGGCAAGGGGCAGUACACUCAUAAGCUUUAUCACGUCGGAAGCCACUUACCAGGUUGGCUGAAGUCUCUUAUUCCUAAAUCGGCUUUGUCGGUGGAGGAGGAAGCGUGGAAUGCCUACCCUUAUACCAAGACCCGCUUCACUUGCCCCUUUGUAGAGAAGUUCAGUAUUGAGGUGGAAACAUUCUACUAUGAUGAUGCUGGAAAUCAAGAAAAUGUCUUCAAUCUUUCAAAAUCAGAAAUAAAGCAAAGAGAAAUAGAUGUGAUUGAUGUGGUAAAGGACCAGUUAUAUGGGGCAGAUUAUGUUGAAGAAGAAGAUCCUCGAAAAUAUAAGUCAGAGAAAACUGGAAGAGGCCCAUUGGGGGAUAACUGGAUUACAGAGUACUGGGAAACAUGCAAGGGCCAGCCUACUCCGCUAUCCACGGGAGAAGCCAUCAUGUGUGCCUACAAGUUGUGCAAGGUGGAAUUUCGCUACUGGGGCAUGCAGACUAAAAUAGAAAAAUUUAUUCAUGAUAUUGCUUUGAGAAAGACAAUGCUCCGAGCUCAUCGUCAAGCUUGGGCAUGGAUGGACGAGUGGUGGGGACUCACAAUUGAAGACAUACGCAAUAUUGAAAAUGAAACUCAGAAGUUGCUUGCUAAGAAAUAUGGACCAAUGGGUGAUGAUGAGCAGGAAGGUGAAGAUGAUAGUGCUACUCCAGAAGCUGGAGCAGACAUUCCUCAGAGCCCAAGUGUGUCAUCAGAUCGAACUCCUAAUCUAGAAAAAUUGAGCAAAUACAGCUCAUUUAGGACUAGUAAUGAUUUAGGUGAACAGUCUCAUGUUAUUUGUGAUGACGAAGAAACAGUAGUAAAGGGUAUUGUAAAUAAUAAUAAUAACAAUAACAAUGUAGAAGGUGAAGAAAAUGGGCGGUUGUCAGGUUCAAGUCCGAGGCUUCAAAGACGAGAAUUAAAUGUUAGCAUGGAUAGUGUUCUCACAGACGAAACCAGAAAGAGAGGGUCGUGGUCAAGAAGUGGUUCUAGAAACACAUUAAAUUCCCAAAACCAAGCAAACUGGAGAAUGGAGAGUAUUAGAAGGGAUUCUGAUACAUCAGGAAGUGAGGAGGAAUUCUUUGAUUGCCAAGGGUCAGCCAUCCCCAUUAUAAAGGAGGACUUAGAGGAGAAUGCAGCAUUAAAUAAAUGGAGCUCGCUGGAACUAUUGCCCCAAGAUGGGGAUUCUCAGUCAACGGCUGGUCACGCUGGUAAUGAGGAUAGCAUCUUCUCACAAGCUUUCAUGUCAAGAGUAGCUGCUGAACGUCAUAAUCGAGUGUUGGGUCGCAGCAUGGAAGCCUCAGCCCCAUCAUCCCCAUCCCAUUCCCCGUCCCACCAGCCUGGCCCAUGUUCCACAACGGUUCUUCUUCUGGUAAUUCAUGCUGGAUCCGUCCUUGACCCAACAUCAGAUGUAACAAACAAGAGAAGUGAUGUGACAACAUUUCGAGGAGCGUUGGAGUCAGUGAUGCGACAACACUAUCCCCAGAUGGUGGGCCAUGUGGCUAUUAGACUAGUAGCUGCACCAGCAGUGUGCUCUGAUGCACUUAAUAUAUUAUCCAGCCUAAGUCCAUAUGGCUUAGACUCCUCCCCCGUAUGUGGCGAAGUAUCUGGAGGAGAUAGUGUGCCUGUGGGUGCUGUGCCUCUGUUAGCAACCACUGUUCAAGAGUAUGAUGAAGCCGUCACCCGAACUAUUAAUGCUACCAAUGCAGCUUACCAUGAGUUCCUAAGAUCAGAAGAAGGUCAAAAUUUUAAUGGCCAGGUUUGCAUUAUUGGUGACAGCAUUGGUGGUGUCUUAGCAUAUGAUGUUCUCUGCCGUGCCUACGAACAGCAUAAAUUUGGAAGCAAUAGCAACAUCCCUGAGGGAGAACCGCCUUCCCCGGGUGAAGAAAUUGGUGAAAAUGUUCGGGUGUAUCGCAAAUCAAUCAGCAGUGAUGGUGCAUAUCAUACAGAGCUGCCCCAUUGUCGUUCUGUCUCAGAUUCUGAUUAUCAUUAUACGAGACAUCUCUCAGCUCCAUUUCCUCGCCGUAGAUCAUCUUCUUCAAGUGAUUACAGCCACUGCAAAUUGGAAUUUGAAGUGACAGAUUUCUUCAUGUUUGGCUGUCCUCUUGCUCUAGUGCUAGUGUAUCGGAAAAUGAUUAUUACCUCUGAUAAAAACUGUACAAUACAACGCCCAGCAUGUCAGCAAGUGUAUAAUCUCUUUCAUCCAACUGAUCCUCUAGCAGUUCGUGUUGAACCUUUACUGUCUGCACGGUUUUCACUCCUCACACCAGUCACAAUCCCACGCUACACCAAAUAUCCUCUGGGAGAUGGCAUUCCAACUCAUUUGUUGGAAUGUAUUCAGUCUAAUGGAGGUGUGUUCAUGGAUAUUGGUGGGACUACAGGAUCUCCGUCAUUGGCAGGACAUACUCGUCGUAUGUCGGAUGCUUCUAUUCUCUCCACUGUUUCAGGGAUGGGAGAUACGGUCCCAAUUGCCACAAUAAAUGCCUUGAGUCAGCGGUGGUGGGGAAGUAAACGGUUAGAUUAUGCAUUAUACUGCCCGGAAGGACUAGCAAAUUUCCCAACAAACUCUCUGCCACAUCUGUUCCAUGCUUCUUAUUGGGAGUCAUCAGAUGUAAUAGCUUUUAUAUUAAGACAGCUUGUGAGAACCGAUCAAGCAGCUCUUGCAGCAGAUGAUAAGGACCUUCCUGUAUUCUCUCCAAUGCAACCAAGAGAAAAAUGGAUUAAAAAAAGAACUUCUGUUAAAAUUAAGAAUGUUGCAGCCAAUCACAGAGGAAACGAUGUACUUGUACGUGAAGGUGCGCCACAGUCUUUGCAAGCUCGCUUUAUGUAUGGACCUCUGGAUAUGGUGGGGUUGUCAGGUGAGAAGGUUGAUAUACACAUCAUGCGUGACCCUCCAGGUGGUGACUGGCAACAGAUAAGCACAGAAGUAACUGACAAGAAUGGGCGCAUUGCCUUUACUAUUCCUCCAGAUAAAGCUCUUAGUUGUGGCAUGUAUCCUGUCAAGAUGGUUGUGCGGGGUGACCACACUAGUGCUACUCAUUACCUGACUGUUGUACCGCCCAAUACUGAAUGUGUGGUGUUUAGUAUUGACGGAUCUUUCACGGCAUCUGUUUCGGUUACUGGGCGAGAUCCAAAAGUGCGAGCUGGAGCUGUGGAUGUUGUUAGGCACUGGCAAGAGUUGGGAUAUUUAAUAAUUUAUGUAACAGGCCGGCCUGAUAUGCAACAACAGAAAGUCGUCUCAUGGCUUGCCCAACAUAAUUUUCCUCAUGGCCUUGUCUCCUUUGCUGAUGGACUCUCGAGAGACCCAUUAGGCCAUAAGGCAGACUAUUUACGUGUGCUAAUACAGGAUCAUGCCGUGGUAAUUAUGGCAGCUUAUGGCAGUGCAAAGGACAUUAAUGUAUAUAGUAGCAUUGGCCUUAAACCUGAGCAGAUCUAUAUAGUUGGAAAAGCAAGCAAAAAGCAGCAAGCACUUGCACAGGUUUUGACUGAUGGCUAUGCAGCCCACCUUUCCUCAUUGUCUGCGUUAGGAAAAUCUCGGCCUGCAAGAGGGAACCCGCAGAUGGUGAUACCUCGUGGAUUUUUUGGACUCCCAGGUCAAAGUAAUGCAUUGAGAAGACGACGUUCUGCCAAGCGGACUACAUCGUUCCCCGUGCGGGCAGCUUCAGCAAGUGAAGGGGUGAUGCGGUCCCGUGGUUCAUCACACUCUCCACGUCCCAACCACAUGAGCAUGAGAUGUUAGCAGUAAAAGCAGGGGUAACUGUUUAAGAAAAUAUAACACAAAUGUUGAGGAGAAAUCUUCCAUUAUAUUUUGAAGGAAAGAUGACAUGUGUGUAGAGUAUAGAUGAUAAAGUUUGAAACAGUGGUCACAGGAAUGUAUUCCUAUAUAUACUGUAUGAAGAUUCUGUAAUGAAAGUUAAUUACUGAACACUGAAAUGUGAAAUUGCUUAAAAAGUUAUAUAGUGUAUGAACUAGUCUCAUUCCCAUGUAAUGGUCUUAUCAACACAGAAAAUAAGAGAAAGCUUGUAUACCUCUUUAGUGUCUUGCCAUAGUGCACUGACUUAAUAUUGAGUUGAACAAUAUGAUAAUUGCCAAAGGACAGACUUAAGUGAAUCACUCUGGAAACAGAUUGCCAGCUGAUGUGCUUCAUUCCUUCAUGUAUUUUUACACUUGAUUUCAUUCUUGAUAUCAACGUAAAACAGUGUCUUUAGGUAAAAAGUGUAUACCUUUUUAAUAAUUUAUAUGUAAGUGUGAGACUUACUUGAAGAUAAAUUUGGAAUGCACUA